AUGGCCUCAAGCAAUGCACAACCCACAAAAUGGGCAAACACAAACACUGAACAGCAAAGUCAAAAACAAGGUCAAAAUCUAGAAACAUUUUCUCUCUUAUGGCUCGAUCAGCAUGUGAAUGAAAGCAAAGACAAUCGAGUAACACAGAAACAAUUGCGGGGAACGAUCAACUGUUUAUUGACGUUUGAAAGUGGAAAUGAGUGUGAAGAACAUAUUGGACAGAGCAAAGAUGAAAAGAUUGUUCUAAUUGUUUCUGGCCGAUUAGGUAAAUUUCGUUUUGAUGAAUUAAAAGAAUAUUUAAACACAACUGAUGUAAAAAAACAUGGAUUUAUGUCAGAAGAUUGCACGAGUGUGCAAGGUUUAACAAAGGGUUUUUUAGCCUUCCCAGCAGUAGUUUACAAAGAACAUAAAACAAGUAAUGUUCAUGAUUAUUCACCAUUAUAUGAUUCUGAUUUUGAAUCCGAAACAGAUACAAACGAAAACCAUUCUGUUGAAGAUGAAAACAAAAAAAUGGAACAGUUUAAAUUAAGAUGA